GUCCAGGGGGCAGGUUUUAGUUCUGUGGAAAAAAAAAAUAUUGGUUUGCUUUAGGAAAAAAAAAUAUUGGUUUGCUUCUUGAGAGAAAGCAAUGUUUCGCUAACUAGGUGCUUCAUGCAAGUCCUACAAUAUUUAAACUCACACGAAUUCCUCCUGUUACCUGGGAAGAACUCCCUUCCUGACGCAAAUACUCUAAAAUCUGAGGGAAGUAUAGAACUGUGGGAAAGCCAGUCUCUUCAAAUGAACAGCGAUGUAUUUUCGUUUAAAUUAAACCCGAAUGUUAACUAGACUCAGGAAAGGAAAUGGCAGAGGAGAGUCUGUCGUUGAUAUAGAAUGUGCCUGCCUGCGUCGGCUCACAGACAAGUGAUGAAGUCCAACUCUGAAAUUUCAGGCAAUUUGUAUACCAAGCUCCUCCUUUUCUGCAGUCUUCUUUUCCAUUGGUAAAAUUCUUUUGCAGGGUCAUGUAGGGAUCCCACCCCUUCUCUGUGUUUUCACUCUGAAGCUCUACACAACUUUACACCUGAAUGAACGCCAAACCUCUGUGGAUAUAUAAAGGGAAGCUUGAGGAGGAAUUUCACAGAUACAGUGCAGAAGCAGAGGCAAAGGAAUUAACUAGCUCUUCAGCCAAGCAAAUCCUCUACUCACCAUGCUUCCUCCUGCCAUUCAUUUCUAUCUCCUUCCCCUUGCAUGCAUCCUAAUGAAAAGCUGUUUGGCUUUUAAAAAUGAUGCCACAGAAAUCCUUUAUUCACAUGUGGUUAAACCUGUUCCAGCACACCCCAGCAGCAACAGCACGAUGAAUCAAGCCAGAAAUGGAGGCAGGCAUUUCAGUAACACUGGACUGGAUCGGAACACUCGGGUUCAAGUGGGUUGCCGGGAACUGCGUUCCACUAAAUACAUCUCUGAUGGCCAGUGCACUAGCAUCAGCCCUCUGAAGGAGCUGGUGUGUGCUGGUGAGUGCUUGCCCCUGCCAGUGCUCCCUAACUGGAUUGGAGGAGGCUAUGGAACAAAGUACUGGAGCAGGAGGAGCUCCCAGGAGUGGCGGUGUGUCAAUGACAAAACCCGUACCCAGAGAAUCCAGCUGCAGUGCCAAGAUGGCAGCACACGCACCUACAAAAUCACAGUAGUCACUGCCUGCAAGUGCAAGAGGUACACCCGGCAGCACAACGAGUCCAGUCACAACUUUGAGAGCAUGUCACCUGCCAAGCCCGUCCAGCAUCACAGAGAGCGGAAAAGAGCCAGCAAAUCCAGCAAGCACAGCAUGAGUUAGAACUCAGACUCCCAUAACUAGACUUACUAGUAACCAUCUGCUUUACAGAUUUGAUUGCUUGGAAAACUCAAGCCUGCCAUUGCUAUUUUCUCACUUGAAAGUAUAUGCUUUCUGCUUUGAUCAAACCCAGCAAGCUGUCUUAAGUAUCAGGACCUUCUUUGGGAAUAGAUUUUCCUUUUCAAGUUUUUCAAGAUGUAGGUAUAUCCAUGAAUGCAAUUUGCAUUUAAAUUCCACGUAUCCUGUAGUUUUAAUUCCUCAUUGUUCUUAAAAGACUGUUGAUACUAUAUACAUCAGUGAAUCAUUAUAUUUUAAAACAGAAAAGGGCUUCUCAGAUACCCUCCAGCUACUGGCCCAUCCCAUAUCCUAAACAAAACCCCUUCAAAACAGAAAGGUUAAAAAAAAAUUGUUGUCAUGAAUCUUCGCAGUAACAUUUCAGAAAGGUGCUUUUUUGGUACUCUUCAUGGGAACAGUUUAGCAGCCAUGAGUGAUCUUCCUUUGAAAGAGAAUGAAAGACCUUGUGACAUUUCACUUCAAAAAUAAGCCCUGUAGCUCUUUACAGUUGCAUAGUAUGAAAUUAUACCCUGCAUGCUGACCCUCGCUUGGAAUGGAAUGCCAGAAAUGCAUGGCAGUGGCUAAUAAGUAAAGCUGAUUAACUAUUUAUUUGUCAAUGUUAUUAUUUAAUGAGCUUUCACAUGUGAUUUUUUUUUUCAAAAUGUUAAUUUUUUAAUGUUUUGGAACUUUUUCAUGGACCUAAAUAUUUUCCUAUAUGACUUGUGGUUGACCUUGAAAUAUGAAAAUACAUGUUGUAGAUAUGUAAAAUGAUUAUUUUACUCUCCUUAUUACAUAUAUGUUCAUGGUGAACUUUAUCAAUAGUAUGGAUCUUUUUAAAUCAAUAAGAUGCUUUGUAAAGUUGAAACACGUAAUACUUUCUUGUUUAAUCUGUGCAAUCAGAAGGUGUUUUGACCUUUAAUUCAACUGGUUUCUUUUAACAAAAAUAAACACUGCUAAAAGUUAUUGUCAUUGCCUUUAACAUGUAUAAAGGGUGCAAAAACUGUAGAAUAAAUGUGUAAGGGUAA